AUAUGACCCAACAGACGAAGGGGGAGGCUCUUCCCAGUCUUCUCCAGUUGAAGGAUGAUGCUCAGACCUUGGAAGGCAUCACAACUCCUGUUCGCCAUUUUGGUGGCCCUGGUGGCCUUCAGCUACCAACAAAAGAAGAAGACAUUUAUAAUUGUCCGUGAAGUAAAUGUACUGGAGCCUUCUGUGCCGGGCACAUUGGAGUAUGUCACAAAUGCAUACAACAAAGAAAGUGAAGACGUGUACAACUUCAGGAUCCUUCGCAUCCUGAAGAUUGAGAAGCAGAAGGCACAAUGGGGAGAAGAGGUCUCUCUCCGUUUCCCUUCCUCUCACUCCACACAGUUGACAGACCACUUGGAGUUUCACAUCAGAGUGGAAAUGCGGAGGACCACCUGCUUCAAGACAGAGAAGAGCACCUGUGAUGUCCAGAAAGGAGCACUUUACAAGCAAGUCCAGUGCUACUUCUCAGUGUAUGUCAUACCCUGGGCUGAAAGAUACAAAAUUCUCAAAAAAACCUGUACCGAUAGCUGAGUAUCUUGGAGCGCAUGCUGUGUCCACCAAGCUUCAGGUCACCCUGCAGUCAACAGCAAUCCUCAAUUAGAACAAUAAAGAUGUU